UGGCAGAGAGGGGUGGAGGACACUGAGUGGAGGCCAGUGGAGGGAUUGGCAGAGGGGGGUGGAGGACAGUGGAGGGAUUGGCAGAUAGGGGUGGAGGACACUGAGUGGAGGCCAGUGGGGGGAUUGGCAGAGAGGGGUGGAGGCCAGUGGAGGGAUUGGCAGAGAGAGGUGGAGGACACUGAGUGGAGGCCAGUGGAGGGAUUGGCUGAGAGGGGUGGAGGACACUGAAUGGAGGCCAGUGGAGGGAUUGGCAGAGAGGGAUGGAGGACACUGAAUGGAGGCCAGUGGAGGGAUUGGCAGAGAGGGGUGGAGGAGACUGAGUGGAGGCCAGUGGAGGGAUUGGCAGAGGGGGUGGAGGACACUGAAUGGAGGCCGGUGUAGGGAUUGGCAGAGGGGGGUGGAGGACACUGAGCGGUUAGCCAGUGGAGGGAUUGGCAGAGGGGGGUGGAGGACACUGAGUGGAGGCCAGUGGAGGGAUUGGUAGAGAGGGGUGGAGGAGGACACUGAGUGGAGGCCAGUGGAGGGAUUGGCAGAGGGGGGUGGAGGACACUGAGUGGAGGCCGGUG